AUGAUGAAUGUAACCGAUUUUCAGAAAAUUGGUGUAGGUCUUGCAGGAUUUGGUGUUGCAUUCUUGUUUUUAGGAGUUGUGUUUCUGUUUGAUAAAGGACUUUUAGCCAUAGGAAAUAUUUUGUUUAUAUCUGGGUUAGCAUUUGUGAUAGGUUUGGAAAGAACUUUCAGAUUUUUCUUUCAAAGACAUAAAUUAAAAGCAACAGGGUUUUUCUUUGGUGGCAUAUUGAUAGUAUUGAUAGGUUGGCCAGUUGUUGGCAUGUGUUUAGAAGUUUAUGGUUUCUUUUUACUCUUUAGUGGUUUUUUCCCAGUAGCAAUCAAUUUUUUACGGAGAGUUCCAAUAAUAGGUACCAUAUUAUAUUUACCUGGUAUUAGAUCGUUGGCAGAUCGACUUGGUGAAUCUAAUUCAAUGGUAUAA